AUGAGGUGCAACGUAAUCAAGGAUGGAAUGAACAUCGAUCAUAUUCCAGCAGCUAUAGCUGAAGAUGUGGAGCUUACGAUGGCUGCUGCUCAGAGAGCUCUUUCUAGAAACAAAGGCAAAGAUUGGGCUUCAGCUUCUGGCACUAUUCGUGCCAAGAAACCACUUGAUGAAGCAACUUGGGACAUUGAUGAUGUUAUUGGAUGUUUUGAGUACUAUACAUACCUUGCUGAAGAUUGUGUUGCAAUACUGAAGCCUUUCAAGUUGGUAUCUAUCACCUAUUUGGAGCUGGCUGACAUGUGUAGGAAAGUUGGUUUUCCUCCAGGUGUCUUGAACAUUUUGACUGGAUCGGGCCUGAAAGUUACGAUGCCUUUGGCAUCUCAUCCCAAUGUUGACAAGAUUGCCUUUACCAGAAGUACUACAACAUGGAGCAUGACAACGAAAGCAGCCAUUCAAAUGGUCAAGCCUGUAUCUUUAGAACUCGAGGAAGAUCUUGCAGAUCACCCAAAAGCUGAAGUCCUUCAUGAUAUGUUGCUUGAAUACACAAAUGAUUUCAGGAAUUCUAACUAG